CUAAGUUGUUGUUUUAUACGCUCAAGUUGAAGCUGAAUUUCGAUAGCAAGUCCGCCAAAACUCUACUACCUAUAAUACAAUGCCUCUUCAGCUCGGGGACAUGACAUUUAAAGAUGGCGCAGCCUACGCCCACACGUACAUCACCUCCUUCCAGAGCAACGCCUACUCCAGAGCUUCCUUCGCAGACCAGACUUUUGAUCAGCGAGUAGCGGGCGUUAUCCGUCGUUGGCCGAAAAACUAUGGGCAAGCGCUUGUUGCUUAUAAAAAGGUUGUCGACGCGGACACAGGAGAGUUGGUUGGCUGGGUUAAGAUAGGAUUUGAGAAUACUGACAUUGACCCGAAGUUGUUUGCUCCUACAGACAUACCGGAGGACAUUGUACCCGAAUUUGUCACCCAAUCAACAUCAGCUCCCAAGGAUCAAUAUACUGCCACUCCCAGGUCUGAUUUCAUAAAAAGAGCCGAGGCAGCGCGGUCGCGAGAUUUGGGCAGUCGACCUGCCAUUGUUGUAUACUUGUGUGGAACACACCCCAAGGCGCAGCGACGUGGUGCCGGGAGCUUGCUGAUGGCCUGGGUAACCGAGCUGGCGGAUCGACAAGGCCUCGCCUGCUGGGUGACUAGUUCCGAGAUGGCUGUGCCCUUGUACGAGAAGUUUGGUUUCGUUGUGGCGGAGAAGAUCCGUGCCGCUGCCUGGGGACAAUGUUGAUGGAGAAACUUAUACACACACGUGCAUGAUUCGAGAGCCAAAGAAAUUGGAAGUGGUUCUUUGAGCCUUCUUUUUGGCGUGUCCACCAUAUAUAUAUAUAUACCAUUUGUUUCUG